GGCGCACGCCGUUGCCUGGCAACGGGGCGGCGCAGGCAGGAGGGGACUGCUGUUUGCCGGUUUCUCUCGGCCUGGCCCCGCGCGGCCCUGCCGAGGCGCCGACGAAGGUGGGUGCGGGGCCCGGGCCGGGACCCAGGACACGCAGGGACUCUCGGGAGCCGUGGGCCAGGCGCUUAGCCGGCCACCUGGGACCCUGUCCAGGCUCAGGCGGUCCAGGGCUGCCCUGCGGGCCGCGUGCGAGAGGGACUCUCGGGACGCCCUGGGGCGCCGCACCCACUCCCUCUGGCCAGCUUGGACCUCCCAGGCCCCCUCGCGGGUCCCUCCAGAGCAGGAGCCCCGCUUUGGGCCGCCCCUCUCACACCUGCCGUGGGUCCGGUACACGCCCCUGUGUCAGACUCCGCGCUCGCACGCGUAGGAGGAAGCCAGGACUCCCGGGCGACCGGGCCGUGCCUGUGGUUUGUGUCAGUUCCACAGCAGCACGUGGGCACUUUCCACCGUCAGCCACUGGGCAGCCCGGGGCACUCCUGCAGCGUCCCCAGGCCCCCUCCAGGGCAGGGGAAGGUUGGGCAGUCCCGGGCGGCCAGCACCGCAGCGUGCAUGUCUCCUGAGCAGCUGCCCAUCGGGCCUCUGCUGGCCUGGCGGCUCCAAGAUGCAAGGCCGGCAGGAGCUGCGGGGAGAGCCUUUGAGUGACCUCCGGGAGGAAGCAGCCAGCGCUUCCCUCCGAGUGGCACCUGAGAGGCUAAGUGAUGACAGUUUGGAAUGGAUACGGACCUGCCCCGACCUCCUGUCCGAUGGGAAAGCCAGCGUCUCCCUGCCCGGUGAGGGCGGUUCCACCUGCGUUGCCCGAUAUCCUGACCCUGGGGAACACAGCAGCACUUGGGGGGAGUUUGAAGGCUUUCGGGAAUCUUCAGCCAAGUCUGGACAAUUCUCACAGUCCCCUGAACUCCUGGAGAGACUCACAGAACCCCAGCCACCAAGAACCACUUCUGCCCCAAAGGAGUGCAGUUCUCACCAACCGUGCCAGGGUGGACCUUGGGUGACAGGAACUGCUGCCGUCUCACCUUCUGAGUCCAUUCUCAGCUAUGAGAACAUUUUAAAGUGUGCUUUUCAAGAAGUAGCAGUCCAGCAGGCAGCUGAAGACGUUUCCACCAUAGACCAUUUCUUAGAAAUAAGCAGUGAAGAAAAACCUGGCCUUGAAUGUGUACAUAAAUUGUGUAAUGAAUCCAGAAAACUCUGGAGAGCCCUUCAGAGCAAACAUACCACGUCUACUUCUCAAUGCCUCUGGAGCGAGUCCCGUUGCCAGGAGAACUUCUUUCUUGUUCUUGGAAUAGAUGCUGCGCAGAAGAACCUUUCUGGAGGCCAGGGCCCCAUCAUGGAAGAUUGUGCCCUCAGAGAGCCUGAAGGGCUCCUCACUGUCAGCAGCUUCCGUCUCCAGCAUUGUAAAGCCCUGAUUCAGACCAAGAGGCCCUGAAGGAACGUGACCAUCACCUGGCCUGAGUGACACUGCAAAGCCCUCGUUCUUUCUAGUGGGCGUGGAGCUCUCUCCAAGCAGAUCAGAUGCUGAGCCGUCAGCCACAUCAGAGGCCAGGGACAUGGCCUUCAGAGACUUUGGCCAUCAUGCAAAACACCUGGCCACCCUGAAGCCUCUCUGCUGGAGAAACGUCUGGAGCGACCCCAAAGAUGCUGAUAGAUGCUCAAGGACCCAGCUGCUGAAGCCUUCCGGCCAGCAUGCCAGCCCUGGGAGGGAGGAGGCCUUCAGGGCGGGGUGUACCCAGCCGCAGCCGCUGCCCGACAGCAAUGGCCUGACAGAUCCCAGCAAGAACCACCCGGCUGAGCCCAGCCAAGCCCUGGCAUGAGAUCAUGGCAGUAGCAGAUGGUAGGUGCUGCAUGCUGUGAAGCUAGUGAUGGUGGCUACACAGCAGGAGGUCACGAGACCAACACAUGUCCAGAUAACCAGUGGGUCCACAGAGGUCACUGGAAACUUAGACAGUAAUUGAAACUGAAUAAUGAAAGUGCACUGAUCAAAAUCUGAGUGAAAGCAGUGCUUAGAAGGAAAUGUAUAGCUUUAAAUGCUUAUAUUAGAAAAUAAAAAAGUACAAAACCACCUAAGAUUUCAUGUUAAGGUGCAAGAAAACGAGCAAAUUAAACCAAAAGUAAGCAGAAAGAGGGAAAUAAAACUGAGAGCCAAAAUCAACAAAAUGGAAAAUGGCAGAACACUAGGAAAAAGGGAUGGUCAUAAGUGAAGACGAAAGAGCAUGUGAUGUGCGUCUCUCGUGUGACUCCUGAUUCAAACAAACCAAAGGCAGAGAUAACUUGCAAUAGCACACAGCGAGGAAAAGCAGGCAGCCUCUGCCCAACACAGCCAGGAGACAGCCUCGGAAAUCGGAGAAAAUAUUUGGAAACCAUAUAUCUGAUAAGGGGUUGAUAUCCAAAAUACAUAAGGAACUCAAACAACUCAACAGAAAGAAAACCCAGAUAACCUGAUUGAAAAAAUAGGAAAAGGAC